CAGAAAAUUUCUAGUAAAUUGUCAUACUACGUGCGUAAUUAAUUUGAACAAUUUUGUUAGUUUCACGAUAAUACGACAUCAAUUUGUACAUUACCUUAACUGUCAAAAAAAUUACGGAUGCAAGUACAGGCUUGUGCAAUCUUUUGUGUGAUGUGCAGCCCCUGUAAAAGUUUCUUUCUAACAACACAAAGUUACUUGCUUUAUCUAAGCAAAGGAAAUAUAUUUUCUUAUCCGAAAAUAACAAUUUUACGAAUUUAAGUGAGAUAUUAGUUUAUAAAUAAUGAGUUCACCAAUAAGUAAAAGUAACAACGAUGUGAGUGCAGCAAAGCAGCGCAAAUCAUCAAAAACCAAUUCCAACACAAAAUCGACAAGCUUGGAUACGCGCGCAGAAUUGGCGGAUCUUAUUAAGAAAAAAGCAGAAACAUCUGAACAAUUGGCAAAUUUAGAAAGACAGAUAUAUGCGUUUGAAGGUUCAUAUCUUGAAGAUACUCAACUUUGUGGCAACAUAAUCCGUGGUUGGGAAAGGUAUCUCACCUCAAAUAAAGCAACAAAUUCCAAAGCAGACAAGCGCAAUCGAAAAUUCAAAGAAGCUGAAAGACUGUUUUCUAAGUCGAGUAUAACAUCAAUGGCUAUAUGUAAUCCCGAGCGUGCCAGUGAAUCAGAUUCCAUAACAAAUGAAGACUCCAGUGAUAAUCAAAUUGCUAUGAAUCAAAAUACUACAACAGCGCACGAUGGCACCGGUUCUAUAAAAAGCGCCGGUAAGGAUGAAAAAAAUGAUCGAGCGACUACACCUACGUCUCAACGUGAUAUAAUAAAAGAUAUAAAUACGCCGAGUGGAAACACGAGUUCAAAAAAUAAACUCUCCAAUAACUCUAGCAUAUCAGCCAAGAGAAGUGGGCAAAUUAACAAAAAGAUUAGACACCGAUGAUUAAGAGAAAACAGGCGUUUUUUCCGUAAUUAGUUUUAUCUAACAAUCUUAAACAUUAUGAAUAAUGUAUUUAAAAUUAUAGGCGUUUAAGAUACAUACAUAUAUUAAUUUAUAAUCUACAGAUUUUACUUCGAUAACUUAAAUGUCAAAUAAAUACUUGAGAAUUACGCAGCU